CGGCGGGAGGGACCUUCCUCGCCGCGCCUCGCCUCAGCAGGCGGAGGAGCCGGCACCACCCGCCACCUCCCUUCAGGGCUUUGGCAGAGGCGGCGCGGCCGCUGGAGAGGAGAGAGGACGAUGAGCCGCGCGGUGCUGGCCUGGCUGGUGCUCUGCGGGAGCCUGGCGGCGCCGCGCCCCGCACGAGGUGAUGCAUGUGACUCCAGCCCAUGCAAAAAUGGUGGCAUCUGUCUGUCAGGCCUGAACGACAACUUCUACUCAUGCGAGUGUCCUGAAGGCUUCACAGACAUCAACUGCUCUAGUGUUGCGGAGGUUGGACCCUGCCUUCCUAAUCCAUGUCAUAAUGGUGGGAUAUGUGAAAUUAGUGAAGCAUACCGAGGCGAUACAUUCAUAGGAUACGUUUGUAAAUGUCCAAAAGGAUUUAAUGGGAUUCACUGCCAACACAAUAUAAAUGAAUGUGAAGCCGAACCCUGCAGGAAUGGUGGAAUCUGUACAGAUCUCGUUGCUAACUAUUCCUGUGAAUGUCCAGGUGAAUUUAUGGGAAGAAACUGCCAACAGAGAUGCUCUGGCCCACUAGGGAUAGAAGGUGGAAUUGUGUCAAACCAACAGAUUACUGCAUCAUCCACUCAUCGAGCUCUUUUUGGACUCCAGAAAUGGUAUCCGUACUAUGCACGACUUAAUAAAAAGGGUCUUGUGAAUGCUUGGACUGCUGCAGAAAAUGACAGAUGGCCAUGGAUUCAGAUAAAUCUGCAGAAGAAGAUGCGAGUCACUGGAGUUAUAACUCAAGGUGCCAAGAGGAUUGGAAGUCCAGAAUAUGUAAAAUCUUACAAAAUUGCAUACAGUAAUGAUGGGAAGUCAUGGACAAUGUACAAAGUAAAAGGCACAAAUGAAGAUAUGGUGUUUCGUGGAAAUGUGGACAACAACACCCCAUAUGCUAACUCCUUCACUCCUCCAAUUAAAUCACAGUAUGUACGGCUGUAUCCUCAGGUGUGCAGAAGACACUGCACAUUGAGAAUGGAACUUCUUGGCUGUGAACUGUCAGGUUGCUCUGAACCCCUGGGGAUGAAAUCAGGACAUAUACAAGACUUCCAGAUUAGUGCCUCCAGUGUUUUCCGUACACUCAACAUGGAUAUGUUCACUUGGGAGCCUAGGAAAGCCCGACUGGACAAGCAAGGCAAGGUUAAUGCUUGGACCUCUGGCCACAAUGACCAGUCACAGUGGCUGCAGGUUGACCUGCUUGUCCCUACAAAAAUCACUGGUAUAAUUACCCAAGGAGCUAAAGAUUUUGGACAUGUCCAGUUUGUGGGGUCCUACAAGCUUGCUUACAGUAAUGAUGGGGAGCACUGGUUCAUUUACCAAGAUGAAAAACAAAAGAAGGAUAAGGUGUUCCAGGGGAAUUUUGACAAUGAUACGCACCGUAAGAACGUCAUCGACCCUCCGAUCUACGCCCGGCACGUCCGCAUCCUCCCAUGGUCAUGGUACGGCAGGAUCACCCUGCGGUCAGAGCUGCUGGGCUGCAGAGUGGAGGACUGAAAGGGAUCUCCGUUAAGCGUCGCAACUCUUGGUGUAGCUAAAAGUCUCUCCGUAGAAGAAACUGUGCAAAGCCUGUAGGAUGCUGAGUGGGUUUUUCAUGAACAAGUGCUCAUUUUAUGGUAGGCCGCUAACUGUCUUUCGCAAGGAGGUCUAAGCCUGCCCUUUAAAUGAUCCAAUCCUAUUUUGUCCUUGAAAUCUGUUAGUGUAGUCCCUUCUGCUGUGGAAUUAUCUUUCUAGUUUUCCUUUGAGUUGUUCACUCUAGUUGAAACGUAUUAGGGAAAAACAGCAGCAACUUUUUUACAAGGGAAGAGAAAUAGCAUGACAAAGCUCAUUUGCAGCUUUAGAAACAUUGGGCUGACAAAUUUUCCAUACAUCACAUUGUCAUCUUACUUGCAAAAAGUGAUAUUGCAGCUUUUAGCAAUAAGUUUACUUGGGGAUGACUGCAUUAUAGUAUUGGUGCCUAUCAAACACUGUCAGUAUUUAUGACAUAUAUUUUGGAAGAUAUUCUGUGGUACUGUAAAACACAGUACCUAUGAUAUUAAAAGCUACCUUUCAUCACUAUCAUCUGAACAGCAGUGCCCAUACACCUAAAGGCUUUUCCUUACUAACCCCAUUUUCCUUCUCUGUUUUGCAUGCUAUAGACAUGAUCUCCAUCUUUUCUGUUU